ACUUACCUUCUUCUUCUUCUUCUUCUUCACAUAAACCCUAAAACCCCUUCUCUCUCGCUCUCUGCAAAUCUGUGAGCAUGUUCUCGCCACUGACAAAGAGAGCUAAGCAAAGCUCUCUUCAUGACAGAACUCCACGCCAUCGAGUCGCUCCGCCGGAUUCUCCAGUAACUCCGGCAAUUAACAAUCGCGAAUUGGCUCACCGUGAAAAUAAUACCUCAGAUCGUCCCGCCACUGGAACCCCUGCUCCUUGGGCUCCUCGUUUGUCGGUUCUCGCCAGAGUUUCUCCUGUCAACAUUGGUGAAAAAGGAGAUGACACAGACCAAUUAAAGCCUGUAUUCGUUGGAGAAUUUCCGCAAUUGGUUCGAGAUGAACAAACCUGCUUCUCGAGGAAUCAUAGUCAUCCUGGUGAUAUAUGUGUUGCCGGUGGAAUGGACAGAGAAACCUGCCUUUCUUGGUUUAUCACUGGAAGUAAGCUUUUUGUUUGGAGUCACUUGACAACCUUACCAUCAAGGAAAUGUGUUGCUCUUGAACUUCCUUUUGGUGUUUUGGGAAAUGAAGAGUCUGGUAGUGCUUUACAAGAUGGAAAAAGCUGGUUGAUUAGUGUUGUCCCUUGGGAUACUUCUGCUGCUGCAGCAAGCAUACGAUCUCGUAGUCCUGUUGGUAUUGUGAUGUGUAACAGAAAAACUCGAGCUGUUGUGUACUGGUCAGACAUCUUUUCUGGUCAGGAACCUGCCCCUGUUACUAAUCUUGGAUCUUCUGACGAAACUGGUGCGUAUAGUUCACCUGUAGGUAGAAAAAGCUCGCGAUUUAGCAAGAAACGAAGCAAUGGGAUUAGAAGCACUAGAGCAGGAUAUAGUGAUCUUAAUUCUUUGAUUACUACCUCAGUUAGUACAACUGAGCGCCUUUGUAUUGCUAUCGCAUGCAGUUCUAAUGGUGAGCUAUGGCAAUUUACUUGUAGCCCUACAGGGGUGAAAAGUAAUCAAGUACACUUGAACAUCAGCUCUUCCUCCAUAAGUGAGGGCUAUCCAAGGUCCCUGAUCUGGCGUUUUUCACAAGGAUUGGCUAGAGAGUCGUGUUGGGAAUUUUUCAUGUUGACAGACUGUGACAUACAUUGUUUUACGGUUACACCUUAUCCUGAUCUGACUGUUUCGAAAGUCUGGCAUCAUGAGAUUGUUGGCACUGAUGGGGAUUCUGGUAUUAAGAAAGAUUUAGCAAGUCAAAAGCAAAUUUGGCCUCUAGAUCUUCAGGUGGAUGAUCAGGGUAAAUUGAUUACCGUUCUUGUUGCCACUAUCUGCAUGGACCGCGCCAGCAGUUCAAGCUAUACACAAUAUUCUCUUUUAACCUUGCAACAUAAAACUGAGUCGAGAUUUGCAGAUGGCAGAGAGGAAAAAGUUCUGGAGAAACAGGCUCCAAUCCAAGUCAUAAUCCCAAAAGCAAGAGUGGAGGAUAAAGACUUCUUAUUUUCUAUGAAACUCAGAGUUGGUGGUAGACCGCCAGGGUCAGCUAUAAUUCUUUCAGGUGAUGGAACAGCCACAGUCUGCUACUGUCAUGGUAAUUCUACCCGGCUCUACAAGUUUGAUUUACCUUAUGAUGCUGGCAAGGUCUUGGAUGCUUCAGUUCUUUCCUCAACGGAUGAACAUGAAUAUGGUGCAUGGACUGUGAUAACUGAGAAAGCUGGAGUGUGGGCUAUACCGGAGAAAGCAGUCAUGCUUGGUGGAGUUGAACCUCCAGAGAGAAGUUUGUCACGCAAAGGGAGCUCCAAUGAGAGGUCACGAGAUGAGUCAAGGGGCACACCACAUGGUGUUGAUAUAAUUGCUAGAAGGGAGAAUUCUGAUUUACAGAAUAGUGGAGACAAAGGAAACCCGAAAAUGGGUUUUACUCGUCAAACAGCCCAUGAUGAAGAGUCAGAAGCUUUGCUUGGUCUGCUCUUUGAGGAUUUUUUGUUAUCUGAGAAAGUUGAUGGAUCUUUGGAGAAGCUUAGUCAAUCUGGUGCAUUUGAUAGGGAUGGAGAGACCAAUGUUUUUGCUCGCAAAAGCAAAUCUAUAGUUGACACAUUAGCUAAGCAUUGGACAACAACUAGAGGUGCAGAGAUAGUAGCGAUGACUGUUAUAUCUGCACAAUUGGUCGAGAAACAACAGAAGCAUGAGAAAUUUCUACACUUUCUUGCUCUAUCCAAAUGCCACGAGGAGUUGUGUUCUAAACAGAGACAUUCUUUGCAAAUAAUUAUGGAAAAUGGUGAAAAACUUGCUGCAAUGAUUCAACUCCGGGAACUGCAAAAUUCGAUUAACCAGAGCCGCUCAGCCAGAUUUGGCUCGCCGCAUGCUGGCUCAGAGGAUCAAGUUUCAUGUGCACUUUGGGAUCUUAUUCAAUUUGUAGGGGAAAGAGCCCGGCGAAAUACAGUUCUUCUGAUGGAUAGAGAUAAUGCUGAAGUUUUUUACAGCAAGGUAUCUGAACUUGAGGAAGUAUUUUAUUGCCUGAACAAGCAACUAGAAUACAUUAUAAGAGUUGAACAACCACUGGGAAUUCAAGUGCAGAGAGCCUGUGAACUCUCAAACGCAUGUGUUACAAUUCUUCAGACUGCCUUGGAUUACAAAAAUGAUCAUCAGAUGUGGUAUCCACCACUUGAAGGUUUACUACCUUGGCAUUCUCAGCCUGUUGUGUGUAAUGGACUGUGGUGCAUUGCGUCUUUUAUGCUUCGUCUGUUAACUGAGGCAUCUAGGAUUGAUAUCUCUGCUAAAUCAGAUAUAUACAUCCAUCUUGAAGUGCUUGCUGAAGUUUUACUUGAGGCUUGUGCGGGUUCUACCACUGCUAAAUUGGAGCGAGAAGAAGAGCAUAAAGCUCUGCUUGAUGAGUACUGGAUUCGGCGAGACACCAUUUUCGACUGUCUUUAUCAGCAAGCUAAAGAGUUUAUGGAAGCAGAUUUUCAGGGCGUCAAAGAAAGAACCGAAGGAACAGAUGAAGAUAUUUUCAGAAACCGUUGUUCAAAUUUGCUUUCCAUUGCAAAGCGGCAUGCAGGAUAUAAAAUUAUGUGGAAGAUGUGUUAUGAUCUCAAUGAUACUGUGCUGCUCAGAAACUUAAUGCAUGAGGGUGUGGGACCACAAGGAGGGUUCAGUUAUUUCGUGUUCCAGCAACUCUAUAGUAUGAAACAGUUUUCCAAGCUUCUACGGCUUGGAGAAGAAUUCCAGGACGAGCUAUUGAUAUUUCUAAAGCGCCAUUCUGAUCUGCUGUGGCUUCAUAAGGUGUUUCUUCAUCAAUUUUCAUCGGCCUCUGACACUCUUCAUGCAUUGGCUCUAGCGCAAAAUGAAGAGUCUAUGAUAGCUAUUGAAGAAAGAACGGUGUCAGAACCUGAAGAUGCACAACCAACAUUUGCAGACCGCAAGCGGUUUCUGAACCUUUCAAAGAUAGCAUAUGUGGCAGAUAAGGAUGCUGAUUUCAAACUGAAAGUGACGCGCAUUGAAGCAGACCUCAAGUUACUGAAGCUGCAGGAGGAAUUAACUAAAGCUCUUCCAAGCAAUGAAAACACUAGAAACCGGCUGUUCCGGCCAGAGGAGCUCAUCGAAAUUUGUCUCAGUAUCCAGGGCCGAUGGACAGCUAUAAAGGCAUUCGAGGUGUUUGCAUGGACGAGCAUUUCGUUCCGUGAGAAUCAUAGGAGUCUCUUGGAAGAAUGCUGGAGAAAUGCUGUGGAUCAAGACGACUGGGACAGGCUCCAUCAAGCCUCUACGAAUGAAGGUUGGAGCGACAAAGAAACAUUACAGAAUCUAAGGAACACGGCGCUUUUCCAGGCUUCCAAAAGGUGUUAUGGACCAACCCGAGUCAACCAAUUUGAUGGCGAUUUUGCACAAGUCCUUCCCUUGAGACGAGAGAACGCUGAAGAUUCAACUUCUUCCGUAGAGGAUGUGUUGAUGAGCCACAAAGAUUUCGCUGAGGCGGGGAAACUAAUGUUAACUGCAAUCAUGCUGGGUUGUGUAGAAGAAGAAGGUAUCGUAGCAGAAGAUCUCUCAUCUCCAAUGGAGUCAUUUAAUAUGUAAAUGAUUUUGAGGGGAUAGCCAUUGAGUUGAAGAUGAUUGUGUUGUACCUUUGAUGGUAACUUAUUUGGAAUGAGAUGUUGUAACUGAAGCCGACGUACUUGCCCCUUUUUCUAGCCUUCUUUUUCUUUUUUUUUUUGUUUAUAAUUGCUUGAUGCCAUUUUCUCCAAGUUUCAUUCUAAU